AUGGAUCAGGCUUUCGCUGCAGUGAAGUUGCAGAACAUGUACCGGAGUUUUCGCCACCGGCGCAUGUUAGCGGACACCAUCAUAAUGGAGCUCUGGGGGCACGCGAUAGACUUUGCGAGACUGAAUAUCAGCACAACUUUCUUCUUCCAGUGCAUCAACGAGAGAAGUUCUAAUACUCGGUGGACUCGGAUUGGCUUCAAUGCUUCUAUCGUGGGCAGAGGAAUGUCUGAAAACGACGAGGCGCAAAUAUUGGCUUUUCAGCAUUGGAUUGAAGCUAUUGAUCCAAGGCAUCGCUAUGGGCAUUACUUGCGUUUGUACUACAACCGAUGGUGUGCAUCGAAUGCUAGUCAGCCUUUUUUUUACUGGAUGGAUCUAGGAGCUGGCAAAGAGAUCGAUCUCCCAGAAUGCUCGAGAUCAAUGCUUCACGAACAAAGCGUUAAGUAUCUUGGACCUCUAGAGAGGAACCAAUACGAAUACACCGUUUCUGAGGGGAAAGUUAUCCAUAAACAGAGUGGACAUUACCUUCAUACAAUUAGAGGAUCACAAGGUGCCAAAUGGAUAUUCGUUGUGAGCACCUCAGGCAGGCUCUACGUCGGAAAGAAAGAGAAAGGAAGGUUCCAUCAUUCUAGCUUCUUGGCUGGAGGAGCAACAAUAGCUGCCGGAAGCCUAGUGGCAGAGCACGGAAUUCUCAAGUCCAUAUCUGGAUUUAGUGGACAUUACAGGCCUACAAAUGAGAGCAUUGAACGCUUUUUAUUCUUUCUAGGAGACCAUGGAGUGAACCUUAAGGGAGUUCAGAUAGAUAGGGUUACUCCUGUAAUUGCUUGCUAGUGUGGUUGGCACGACUUGAGCUAGGAGCCGGGAAGCAUGGUUCUUCGUUUCGGUUGAUGUUCAAUAUAUAUGAUGAGAAGAAAUAUUGCUGAGUUUCAAGCAUGAUGGAAUCUAAUAUCACACAAUUUAACAUUAAAUGCAAAUCAUUGGAAGGCUUUCAAAAUGUUUAUCUCCAACAAUUAUCUUGCUUUUUGUAUAUAUACACAAGCAGACUCGAUCGUAAUUAGAGGCUGUUUAUUUGUGAUAGUAAAUAAAUGAGCAUGUUACCUCG